GGGCGUCGUGGCUUUCUUUGGGCCCCAUUUCUGAUUCCUUUUCGUCUCUUAAUUUGCAUAUUUUCGUUGUUUUCUUUCUUCCUUGUUGUGGCUGUUUUUCUGUGAGUUAAAUUUUGUUCUUCAUCGUUUUCGUUCUCUUAAACGUUUUUCAUUUUUAUCUUAAGACUUUAUUAAUGCCUUUUGUAAUGCCUUUUGAACUUUUUCCUUGCCUCUUGCCUUUCCUGCGAUACGAAUAUACUAUUUAUUUAUUUAUUUUCUGGUCUAUCGAUCGACUAGAAGCUGCUAAAAUUUCUUUAUCUAUUAUGUAUCCUUUCAUUUUAUAUUAGACCUUAAUGAAUUUGUUCCGGUUGCCAUUCCCUCAACUUCUCCUCUUGUCUGGAAGACGCCAUUUUUAUUUAUAUAUAUAUAUAUAGAUAGAUAGAUGGAUAGAUAUAUUCUGCCGCUGCCUAGCAGUGAGUCAUUAAUGAGUUUCCGUGUUGUAUUCAUUUUGACCGGCCAAAGCUGGCAAAUUUGAGCCUCAUAAGUUGUAUUUCUACAUACGCGCGCUUUAAUUGUUGAUGAGGUGAGUACCAUAAAACGAUCGAGUCGGUGGUUGGGGAGUGGAUGUGCAAGAGCAGGAGAAUGAAGCCCUUCUUCGCAGCUAAGGUUGAAGACGGAAGCCAAGGCCGCGAUGGGAAGCCCGCCGUCGGCCCUAUCUACCGGAAUCUACUCGCCCAGAACCAAUUUCCGUCGCCUGACCCUCACUUACGUACUGCUUGGGAUGCCUUCAGUGCGUCCGUCGAAAAGUAUCCCAGGAAUAGAAUGCUUGGUUGGCGUGAAUUAAUUGAUGGAAAGUUUGGACCUUACGUCUGGAAAACAUACGAACAAGUAUACGGCGAAGUCCUGCUAGCCGGUUCUGCUUUGCGGGCAUCCGGCGCCGAGCCUGGCGCCGCUCGAGUUGGGAUAUAUGGAUCAAACUGUCCCCAGUGGAUCGUCGCAAUGGAGGCAUGCAGUGGUCACAGUUUAAUAUGCGUGCCUCUCUACGAUACUCUUGGGCCAGGUGCUGUAAACUUCAUAAUAGAUCAUGCAGAGAUUGAUUUCAUUUUUGUCCAAGAUAAGAAAGUAGAACGCCUACUGGAUGCAGAGGGUACACAUGCUAAACGGCUAAAAUCGGUUGUUUGCUUCACUUCAUUCACCGAGGAAGAGAAAAAAAAGGCAUCCUCUAUUGGAAUACAACCAUACUCAUGGGAUGAGUUUCUUAACAUGGGAAAAGAACACCCGUCAGAACUUUCACCACCUCAACCAUCAAACAUCUGUACAAUUAUGUACACCAGUGGUACAAGUGGAGAUCCGAAAGGUGUUAUUUUAACACAUGAAAACAUUGCAGUGAACCUAAAUGGAGUAGAAAUCUUUAUGGAACAAUUUGAAGACAAGAUGACAGUGGAUGAUGUUUAUAUAUCCUUCCUGCCCCUUGCUCAUAUCCUUGACCGCAUGAUUGAAGAAUUUUUCUUCCACAAGGGUGCUUCAGUUGGCUACUACCACGGGGAUAUAAAUGAGUUAAGGGAUGACCUCAUGGAGUUAAAGCCAACUUUUCUUGCUGGUGUACCUCGAGUUUUAGAAAGAAUACAUGAAGGUGUCAUAAAAGCAGUAGAGGAACUCAAUCCAGUUAGGCGCAGAGUUUUUAAGAUUCUUUACCAACACAAACUUUCCAGGAUGAAUUUAGGGUUUAAGCAGAAAGAUGCUUCAUGGCUGGCAGAUCUUCUAGCUUUCAGGAAGGUAAAAGCCAGACUAGGUGGUAGGCUUCGUCUGAUAAUAUCUGGAGCUGCACCCUUAAGCAGAGAGGUGGAAGAAUUUAUGCGGGUUACAUCAUGUGCUUUCGUAUUGCAAGGCUAUGGUUUGACAGAGACUUGUGGUUUGGCCAAUAUCAGCUCUCCAGAUGAAAUGUGCAUGCUGGGAACUGUUGGUCCCCCAUUUGUAUAUACCGAGUUCCGUCUGGAGGAAGUUCCAGAGAUGGGUUACAAUCCACUUGCAAACCCUCCCCGUGGUGAGAUAUGUGUAAGAGGAAAAGGUUGUUUUGCUGGGUAUUACAAGAAUCCCGAUUUGACGGCAGAAGCCAUUCAGGAUGGGUGGUUUCAUACAGGUGACAUAGGGGAGAUGCUACCAAAUGGAGUUGUUAAAAUCAUUGACAGGAAGAAAAAUCUUAUUAAGUUAUCCCAAGGAGAGUAUGUUGCUGUUGAGUAUCUGGAGAAAGUUUAUGGUAUCACCCCAAUUGUUGAAGAUAUCUGGGUUUAUGGAGACAGUUUCAAGUCAAUGCUGGUUGCAGUUGUUGUACUACACGAAGAGAACGCCACAAGGUGGGCACAUCAAAACGGCCACAGAGGUCCCCUCUCAGAACUAUGCUCCCUUGCUCAGCUACAAGAUUAUGUUCUUCUGGAGCUAAAAUCUACAGCAGAGAGAACUAAGCUGAGAGGUUUCGAACGUAUCAAGGGUGUCAUUCUGGAAUCUCAACUUUUCGAGGCAGAAGGGGACUUGACGACGCCUACACUAAAGAAGAAAAGAGACAAACUGCUCAAGUUUUACCAGGCCAAAAUUGACGGACUUUAUCAAGAAUUGACAGGACGGAAACGCUAGCUGUUAUUUUAUUGUUUGUUAUCAACUGCUCCGUGCAUGAAAUAACGUGGAACGUAAUAAUCUUCGCUGGUAGUUGAAUGGAGGAUUUGUAUUUGUCUUUGCUUACCCUUGCUUUGAAAUCUUGCAUUUUUGUUUUUCUUUUUUAAUUUUCCUUUUUUGAGAGUGAAUGCGAGAUUGGAUUUAAAUUAUGUAAGGCAGCUCAGGCUUUCUCCAGAACCAAAUUAUCCACUUCCUUUGAACUUUGUGUGAAGGUUUUGGCAUUAACAUUGCUACUGCUCGGCCUUCUGCUGGCUUACAUUUGAACU